AUGCACACGACUACGCCAAGCUGGAAAGCGCAAAGCGACCGACCGCGAGAACAGCCGCCUACCGAUCUCAACGAACUGAAUGUCCUGGGGAACAUGCCUGCCCCGUCAACGUCGGUGGACGUGUGCUUGUUCGAUGGAUUCGGCUUGAAUAGCGGAAUCACCAUCUCCGGGGGCGACGGCGCGCUGCUCGUCAACGGGGAGGCCUUCGCAUGGCGGCCUUGGGAGACAAAGGGCUCCAUGGAGCUGGUCAAUGGGAAGGGCCAGAUUGAGCUCCCGACCGAGGCUUUUGGGCUUUUCGACUUGCUCUGGCCGCGACCAGACUUGCUGGUCAUUGGCGUGGGCAAGCACAACUUGCCCCUUAGCCCACAGACGAGGCGACGAGUUGCGGACCUUGGCAUCAGAGUGGAGGUGCUAGACACGAGAAAUGCAGCGGCGCAGUUCAACCUACUGGCUACGGAGCGAGGAGUCUCGGAGAUUGCGGCGGCGUUGAUACCCAUCGGCUGGAGGGAAGGCGUGGGCGCUGCAUAA